UCUACUGAUCUACCACAUUCACAUAACUCUAGCUCUCUUUAUAUUUUCUGCAUAAGUGAUCGAAGAUGAGGCCUUCCAUGAAGAUAUUGGCAACUUUUUUGCUUGUUGUCAUGUGUCUCAUGGCCAAUGAAAUGGGUGGUCCGAUGGUGGUUGAGGGGAGGACAUGUGAGUCAGCGAGCCACCGGUUUAAGGGACCGUGUUUGAGCAAGUCCAAUUGUGCCAGUGUGUGCAAAACUGAAGGGUUUCCUGCUGGACAUUGUCGUGGUCUUCGACGACGUUGCUUUUGUGUCAAACACUGUUAGAUAGUUCGAUGUUCGAGACUAAGGCUACAUAUUACAUGAUAACGUGUGUGUGUUUGUAUUGAUUUUGGUUUCUUUUCUUUUUGUGUGUUGAAUGUUGCUAAAAUAAAGUUUUUUUUUUCAAGUUUGGCUGGUUUUGUAAAAUACAGCUUUAGAUAUUUUAUAUUAUGUGUAGUGUGAUUGCUAAGUCACCUCAAUUAUUAUUUAUCGAAUGGUUUUUUUAAUCUCAAA